AUUUACUGGAAUUCUGGAAGCGUCAGCGAAAUGUCCGAUAAUGAUGCUCAUGUGUCUGAUGCCCAGCAACGGGUCGAAGAUGAAUAUCUAAAAGAUUUUAUGGAUUUAAGCCCAUGUGGUGAUCGUGGUAUCCUCAAAAAAGUAUUGCGAGAAGGCUAUUCUGACGUCAAGCCAUGUGAUGGCGACACUGUGGUUGUACAUUAUGUCGGGACUAACUAUGGUGGGGAAAAACACGGUGAAGUCUUUGACUCAAGUAGGGCACGGAAUGAGAAGUUUGAAUUUACUAUUGGAAAUGGUAGUGUAAUUAAGGCUUGGGAUGUCGGUGUCGCCACAAUGAAGUUGGGAGAAAUUUGUGAAUUAAUCGCGUCUCCUGAUUAUGCCUACAAAGAUGGUAAAACUCUAAAGUUCGAAGUGGAGCUUUUCGAAACCUUGGGCUCUGAUGUCAGCAGAAACAAUGAUGGGAGUAUUCGUAAAUCAACUAUUAGGAAAGGGAAGGAUAUCUAUAAUCCUGUUGCUGGUGCUGAGGCCACAAUUGUCUUCCGUAAUUUGACGGAUUCAGCAGAGAAUGUGGAGGUGACAUAUUGCGUCGGUGAUCCCCCGUUAACUGUACCAGAAGAAUUGGAUGUAUGUGUUCGUCAUAUGAAUACAGAUGAGUUUAGUCGUGUUGUGGUAUACAAAGAUAAGAAUUCAGCAACUGAGGGUGCAGACGCACGUCGGGUAGUUUAUGAAUUAACACUGAAGUCUUUUGAAAAGACUAAACAUCUGUCUGGUAUCUCAUCAUUCUCAGAGCAGAUGGCGUAUGCAAAUGUACUGAAAGAAAAAGCCAACAACUUCCUAAAGGUUUGUCGCUGUUUAGUCACUAUGUCAGGAUUCUAAAUUUGAUUCUGCUAUUGAAUUGUACAAACGUUUAGAUGACGAGUUGCAGUACAUAGUGGCUAAUGGCCCUGCAGAGCAAAAGGAAUUAUCCGCAGUUAUUGUGGCCGUCCGACUUAAUUUCGCUUUGAUUUACCUGAAGCAAUGUAAACCAGAUAAAUGUAUUGAGUUCUGCAAGAAAGUAUUGGACGUUUUCUGCAACAACGAAAAAGCGUUAUUCAGGAUAGGUCAGGUAAAUUAAAUACACAAAAUUAUGUUUCCAGGCGCAUCUGCUGCGUAAAGACCACGAGGAGGCGUCAGUUUACUUCAAGAAAAUUGUAGAAAGCAAUCCCAACAAUGCGUCUGCUGUAAAGCAGUUGCAUAUGUGCGAGGAAGAGAUUAGAAAGGCCCAAGAUAUGGCAAAGAAAAGGUUCCGAAGCAUUUUUGAGCGCUGUAAAGACGUAAGUCGAAAUUGCUUGUAAUUGCUCUUCUAGUCUGGAUUGGAUGGUGUUGAAGAGCACAAAGACGGUGUCACGUUGAAUGGCGACAAGUCUGCAUUGUAAAAGUUUGCUCGUGAAUGUAAUCUGAAUGAGCAACCCGUGAUUUUGUAAAUGUUCCCCAUAAUUGUUACCGGUUUCAAAGUUGUGAAUAAAUCAUUGAACCU